AUGACUCUGUGUCUACAGGAAUACUUGAAGAGUUUGCCGACGCCAGGUGACAGACCGGUGGAAGAGGACAAAGUGGUCGACGGGGUGGUUCGGUGGAUAGUGGCACGGGCGGAGUCUCACAAGACUUUCGCUGUGUGGGAACAGUUCCUCCUUCACGACUACCCUGCGUACAUCGCCUUCCACACUGCCCUGCGUACGGGGAACUUCAGCCUAAGGCUUGAAGGCCUUCGCCGUAUUGCCCCCAUUUUUUUCAUCGCCGGCGAAGACAAGUACCAGUUCCUCGUGGUGGGUCAUCUGACGGAGGUGUCGCGUUAUUCGCGCAAUGAUAUGAGGGUCGUAUCCGACCUAUUCUUCGUCUCACUCGGCCCUGACAUGUUUGCACGAAUCGGCUUGGACGAGCGGCAGGAGGGGUCCAAUCGUCUCUACAAGGCAUUGACGAAAGGAUCCUUUCGAGCACGAUAGAAAAGCUGGCACCGAUUGCCCAGCUGCGUGAAGUCGCCAUCUUCGACUUCGAAUCGCAUUUCAUCGAGAAACCACGCACGGAAAGGGACCGUUGCAGAGAGUUGGCGGUGAAACGUGCACCAGCACAGUCAGGGCGGCGAUGGACUGCUUGAGAGAGAGCCCGGCAUUUGAUGGCGACGAUGGCAAAGACAAGGUCGCGGCGUUGGACGGGAAAGUGUUUCCGCCGGUCA